AUGACGACGAUUCGUAGAUUCAGCUGCAACGAUCUUCUCCGGUUCACCUCCGUCAAUCUAGACCACCUCACUGAAACUUUCAACAUGUCCUUCUACAUGACCUACUUAGCGAGAUGGCCCGACUAUUUCCAUGUUUCUGAAGCUCCCGGAAACCGCGUCAUGGGUUACAUUAUGGGUAAAGUCGAAGGGCAGGGUGAAUCCUGGCAUGGUCAUGUGACAGCCGUCACUGUUUCUCCAGAAUAUCGCAGGCAGCAGCUCGCAAAGAAACUGAUGAACCUUCUGGAAGAUAUCAGUGAUAAGAUUGAUAAGGGCUACUUUGUGGAUCUUUUCGUUAGAGCUUCUAACACACCAGCCAUCAAGAUGUAUGAAAAGCUUGGUUAUAUAAUCUAUAGGCGGGUUUUACGCUAUUAUUCAGGAGAGGAAGACGGGUUAGAUAUGAGGAAGGCGUUAUCAAGAGAUGUCGAGAAGAAAUCUGUGAUUCCUCUCAAGAGACCUAUCACACCUGAUGAAUUAGAGUAUGAUUAA